CUUUCAUCACCUUCUACAACUCCUAACAGUUGCUCCGCGCCAAUACUCACUUCUUUAGGGCUUCAAACUUCAAACCUCUUCUCCUCCGCCGCCGCCACACCGCCGUGAAGAAACUUCUAGAACUUUCUGUACACUUAAAAACAAAGAUACCCAUUUUUUUUUCAAUGUCUUUGCUAGAAGUUAUCACCAAAGCUUCAACUGAACAAUCACCAACCACCUCAGAUGGAAAUUACUCUAUUCUCCUUAACUCCGAACCGGUUUUACUUCAACUGAAACCAGAAAAGGAGUCUAACGAUGACGUGUCGCUAGUCAAACGAGGGACAGGUUGGAGACUUUUAUCAACUGAUGUCGAAGUAAUUGAGUUAGGGCAAAGGUUCUUUCAAAAAUUGAAGAAAAAGAUGAAAAACCCUAUUAGUUUCAAUAAAGGCGAGUUUUUUGAGAUGUUGGUUUCUUAUAUGACUGAAAUUUGGGAGAAAUUUGGUGUUUCUGUUAAUGUGGAGAGGUUAGAUGAGGGUAAUAUUGUAAAAUUGAUUGAAAAGUUGGGUAAUUAUAUGGGCAGAGAUGUUAAGGGUUUGGUUGUGGAGGGUUGUGUUGUUUUAGAGACCUGGGAGGUUUUAGAGAGUUUGAUUGUUAAUGGGCUUGUUGAACAUUCGUGUUUAUCGAGUUUGAUAAAUAAUUUAAUCGAAAAGAAGCAAUCUUGGUUGGUUGUUUUGUGUGUAAAGCAUGUUUUGGAUAUUCAAACUUAUGAUAUGAUGUGUGUGUUGAAGUAUUUUCUUGACCUUUCGAGAAAUGGGGAUAGUAGUUUGAUUAAUGUGAGGAAAGAAUGGGAGAGUCAAGCAAUGUCAGCAAUUGAGAAGGCGAUGGAUAUGAGCCUUGGUCCGAUUAGGAUGGAUAUAGCUAGGGAUGCUUCAUUAUUGCUUAUGCUAGCACAUGAUGGGUUCUCGGUUAAUGAAAUGUGUUUGCAUUAUGUGCUUGCGUCGAGGAAUGUUGAUGAAGUUAUUUUGGGCGCUUGCAUUAGUAAAUUAAAUGGUUCCGAGAUAAUGGUUUUGAUUAGGUACUUGCAAAAGUGGUUGAAUAAAUAUGAGAGGUUUCCUCAGGCGUGUCCUUGUCCUAAGGCACCAUUUGAAUUGGGGUUGAAGGCUUGUGAAUGGGUUCCUUCACUUGAAGAUGUAGUCAAGUGUCUUGGUUUGGUUGUAGAUGAGCAUUUCUCUUCUUUGGUUUUACAUCAAGAAUUUCAUGAGGAAUUGAAAGGUUUAGAUGAAAUUGUCAAUUCUUUAACUGCAGAGGCAAAAGUAUGUGGCAUCUUGUCAAAUUUGACCGAGGCAUUGAAAAACAAACAUAAAGGAUAGUUGGCCAUGCAGCAUGAGGUUGAUGAUCUCUCAUGAUUUUCAGUUUAUGCUGAAUAUGCAGUUGGAGGUUUAUGGCAAGAUCAAUGACGUCAGAUUCUACUGUACUGAUGGGUGAAUGAGAACUAUGGUUUUGAUUGCAUUUGAAAGAGUCAACUGAUUUAUAGCUUCCGCAUUCUUGACUUUACAGCACGAGGCAGAGAUUAAGAAUAAGACUUGUCUUUUCAUUUAUUUAAGGUAUACACUAGAAUAUAUUUGCAGGGGAAGUGUCCAAGUCCUUUUUAUUUUUUUUAUUUUUUUUAUAACUAAGCUAGUCAAGCCAAAGUAUCAGGCGAGUAUAUCACUCUUAUUAGAUUAUGACUCUUUGGAUAUGGUUUUGGUUAGUUUAGAAGUGUUGAGGCAACUUGGAAAAAAACUCUUAAGAGAGCUAAGAGAUGUGUGCUUCUGUUUUGUCGAUUUGAGAUGCAUGUCUCGUGGUUGACAAUUGACACGGUGGCAAUUUGUAGACUAGUUUUUGGUGAACAUUUUUGUAGCUUUUAAUGUUUUUGGUCUUUGAUAAUCCUUUUUUUAGUA